UUUCAACUUUUAAACAAAACUGAAUUAAGAAUUAAAAUUUUUAAUUAACUAGCCUUUAACAAGAAAUUGAUUCUUUUUAUCAAUCGAAUUUUCUUCAAAACAACUUAAUUAUUUUAGUUAAUCAUUUGAAUCUUAGAAGCAAAUUCAAGUUUUGAUUGUUAAUCAUCUGAAACUCUUGUUUUUGUAAAUUGAAAGUGUUCAUCUGAGAAAUUGGAAUUAAUUUGCAAAAUUAACCAUGUCUGCCUUUGGUAUAAUUGUGAGCGGUCGUUUGGUUCAAACUGAUUUCCAACCGGUUGAUGCUGGUAAAUUUUUGAUAACCAUACCAAGUCCUGAGAGUCUUAAUCACAUUGUCGUCUUUCUCACCGGAACCUCACCCUUACCUGUUGAGAUGGGUGCAAGUGUCUAUUUCUCAUGGCCUGACCCAACCAGUCCACCUACAUGGCAAUACUUGGGUUACAUUUCAAAUGAUAAACCAUCGGCCAUUUUUAGGAUAACCAAGUUAAAAAAUGCAACUCCUGCGAACACUUUUGCCUUUUCUCAACCCAUUGUUGCUCAAUAUGCUCAGAUUGGUAUCUCAUGUGAACCAUUAACUCAAAUUGCUCAAUUAACUGCUGAUAUAACAGUCAAUCCAAUGGGAUCAGAUUCACUGGUUACCUAUGCAGCAAAAACAGCGGAAAAUUUAUUCAAUUAUACCUGUUCAUUUGCUCGAACCAUAUUACCCAAUACAAAUGAACAAUAUGUUCCACUUUCAAUUAUCCAACAAUGGUACACUAAUUUCAUGAGAAGAGUUGAACAAGAUCCAACAUUCAUGAAAGGAUAAAUCAUCAUUAUCAUCAUCAUCAUCAUCUUUAAUCACCAUAUUUACAUCUCUACUCUUUCAUACAUACAAACUGAACUGAUAAUUUUUUUUUAAAAAACUUGUACAAAAAAAUUGUUUCCUUUUACCAACUCAAUUUAUAUUGUAACAAUUAUUCAAUCAUCAGUGUAAUUCAUAUCAUUCACAAUUUAAACCUAAAUUGUAUCUCAUCAUCUUCAAUAUUACCUGUGAUUAAUUUUCCCCUCUCAGAUUAAACAAAAACAAGACCAUUUUGAUUGAAAAAUGUAACCAUUUUCAAUCAAUCAAAAAAGUUCCUAAAAAUCCCACCAAUUUAACCUAAACCCUUUCUAAUUGUAGAUAAAAAAAGAAAUCAUCUAAACAAUUUAAAACAAGUUGAAAAUUUCGACCAAACAAAAAUUGCUAAAAAAAAAGCCACACCAAGAAAUUAACUUUCGACGAUCAAAACAAUCAGAAUCAAAUGAAUCAACUAUAAUCGGAAAAACGAUUCCAGUCAAUUGGAAGAGAGAAACAGAGAUGAAUCCAAAUUCUUAACCAAUUGAUCACUAAUUGAGAUUGUUACUGUUUCCCUGAUUAAGCGAACCCAUUAAUCAGUUAAGGAAGAGGAAAGAGCUCACCUUUUAUCAUUAAUUAUCAUCCACCAUCAUCUUCAUCAUUCUGCCCAACGGAUGACAACCUGUUUUUUUAUUCUUCUCUCUUUUUCUCAUCCACCACAUAAUCUAAACUCCACUGUGGCAGUUUUUGUUUUUCUCCAUUAACUUGACGUGUCUUUAAAUCUCUUCAUCUUCUUAUAGAAUUACUCACAUUUCUCCUUUUUUUUUAAAUUGUUUUUCUUUUUCUUCUUCUUCACUUCUUUGUGAUUUAAACACAAUUAGACCAACAUGUUGUUCAGAUUAAAUUGUCCUUUGGUUGGAUGUUUAUUUCUUUUAA